GCAAUCCUCCUCGCUGCUGUGGCCUGUUUUGCCACCGCCCAAGCCGAGGUGAAUUGGAUCAACCACGACGAAGUCCAGCCGUUCCCUGAGCUGGAGCCUGUCGGCGCUUCCGAGAAGGCCGCAGUCAAGUUCAAGCCGCAGCUGCAGAUCUCCUACGGAUUUCAUACUUACCCUGCAGUUCGCCGUGACGGAGCGGUCAGUAACGGUCUGAAAUGGGGCGGCAAGCCCGACGGGGAAUGCAAGGGAUCUGCUUGGGGCUCGCAAGUCUACACUCGAUCGGACUGGUACCAGGGCAAGUGGGCCAUCAUGUACGCAUGGUACUUCCCGAAGGCUUGGCAGGAGAACGACCUGAUCAGCCACCGCCACUUGUGGCUGUAUAUCGUGGUAUGGAUCGACAACCCUGAGGCCGUGAACCCAGCGGUCCUCGGAGUGUAUGUGCGCACCGCCGGUGGGAGUGAGCGUCGGGCUCCUCCCGAUGCGAAGUUCUUCGAGGGUUCGAGCCUGAAAUCCGAAUACUACAAGAGCGGCAAGACGGGGCUGCAACGGACGGACAAGGCUCCAAAAGCUUGGAGGCCCGCAUCGCCCUGA